GGCGACCUUCUUCCGUGUCGAAGCUCAAGCGUCAGCUUAUGAUUGAAUGUCAAAAACGAACGAUGAUUGACGCGUGCUCAAUACUGCCUUUAUAUGGUGAUUAAGGCACAUCUGCUCGGCCCCAUACUCCUUGGAUUUCGAGUCGAACCGGACUUCCGAAGGAAUAUUUCGACAGGUCCAGCGUAGUGCUUGCAUUGGUGAUGGCCUCGUUUGUCUUCGCUUUUCGACACCUCACUAGCAAAGAUGCAUUUCAUCAUCUCUACCAACUCUCAGAAAGGCAAUGAAGAUGAUAAGAAGAUGAUCAGACGCCAUGUCAUGCUCGGCAAGAACAAGGGAAGGACUCGACCUAGCAAGCGCAAGGAAUCAUCCAUAUCUUGCGUCUCUGUAAGAGUUGGGCCCAAUGGCAAUCCGCUUGUGGCGCUGAGCCUGGUGGACGACAUGUACCGUUCUUUCAUUCCCAUCAGAGUUGGCUCGGAUUGCUCCUGCAGCGAAAUUGCUGCAGACGUGGAGCAGGACACUUUCGGAGAUAUCAUGAAAUGUAGUCCUCCUCCUGGUCACAGUUUCACAAAACGUCGGCUAACCACCUAUGCAUAUCAGUUGCGGCCGUCGCACCCAAGAUUUUGUUCCCAUUGGCGGUAUUGAUAGGCUUCGAACCCCAGGACCGUGACUGGUGUGACGCACUAACCUACGACGCUGCCUAUCUCCAUGCAACCAUGUCCUUGGUUGAAGUAUUGGUUGAUAACGUUAUGGUGCGACGACAUAAAGUUGUCAACAAGAGCGCCACCCGCCACUUGGUGAAGACUGUCCAGCUUCUUCGGGAGAAAAUGCUUGAAAGAAAGGAAAUCUAUGCAUCUGACUCGACCAUGAGAGUGAUCUUGGUUCUAGCCAUCACUGCGUUUUUCCUGUGGGAUCAUGAGACUGCGAAGAAGCACAUGCAGGCACUCCGCUCAAUUGUUGACCUGAGAGGUGGCUUGGCCACGUUCCAUGCCCAAAAGAUUUUGCUGACACUACUUAAAUGUGAUCUUUGUAUCUCCCUGCAUACUGGAACCAAGCCAAUGUUCUUCAACGCUCCGUUCCGAGAACCCAAUAUGCCUUACCCAGAACAGAAAAUCUUAACAAUCGGAAAGAGUCCCGAAUACCGGGAUUCUCAGGUGCGAGACAGCAUUCUCCACGAUGUACACUACGACAUAGCCACCUCAUGGCUAGUACUGCAGAGAUUCUGUUCACUGGCCAAUCUCGCCGCGCAGAGCCACGGGUUAAUGCCUACACAACUGCAUGUGCAGACUAUGGCUUCGGUAACGUAUAGGCUUUUGGACUUGAAUCAAUUUCAGGCCAAGUCGCAAGAGGAAAUGAUUCGACUUGGACUUCUCGCCUUCACUCACCACAUCUUUCUUCAAUACCAACAUCUGAAGCUGCCAUACAGUCAUUUCCAAUACUUGCUCGAAAGGAGCCUAGCCAGAAAAGAACUUUCUGAUAUUGCAAACCCUCAACUAACGCUGUGGAUAUUGAUGGUUGCGGUCAUUUCGAUUCCCAAUUUAGCCGAGGACAUCUGGCUGUUUAAGUCUCUGCAGACACUCUUCCAAGUCUGUAACAUUACGUCGUGGACUGGUCUGCGGGGCUUUAUGAAGUCAAUGAUGUGGAUCGACGUUUUACAUGAUAAACCAGGAAAAGACAUUUACGAGGCCGUAUCAACAUGCUCGGAUAUGGAAUCAACAUGUCGGGCUGAAAAGGGCGUUGUCUUCACUCUGAGCUAAUGAUUUGGAUGGGGACUUCGAUGUUGUGAUAUAUACACUGUCAAUAUAUUAA